UGUGAGUGGGAGAGUGAACACGAAGAAGGUGAGCUGCGUGCGGGGCAAGCGUGCUCGUUUUGAACCCCCUGCUCUGACCUGCCAAAUGGAUUUUGACCCAGAUCAGUGAUAUGCAGUCACAUUUUCACCGCAGACUCACUUUCAGACCAACUAUUGAAGAAGCGACGCCCGUGGACCGAUCAGCGGGGGUUUGUUGGAGGCGAAGCCGCGCAGAAAUGCUUUGAGGUUGCCUAAAGUGGCUGGUAGUGACCCGCAUGAGCCACACUGACACGGACACUGCUGCCCAGUCCGGUGCAUCUCCAGUCCCGGAGAGAAUGAGCCGAGAUGAGCCAGAGAGACACACUGGUGCAUCUGUUUGCUGGAGGAUGUGGAGGCACGGUGGGUGCGAUCCUGACCUGUCCGUUAGAGGUGGUGAAGACGAGGCUUCAGUCUUCCUCAAUAACGCUCUGCAUCUCUGAGGUGCAUCUGAGCACAGUUAAUGGAGCCAGUGUGGCACGUGUGGCCCCUCCGGGGCCCCUUCACUGCCUCAGAUUAAUUCUUGAGAAGGAAGGCCCUCGUUCUUUAUUUCGGGGCCUGGGGCCCAAUCUAAUUGGAGUGGCUCCUUCACGGGCCAUCUACUUCGCCGCCUAUUCCAGCUCAAAGGAGAGACUGAACUGUGUGUUUGAGCCAGACUCCAUGCAGGUGCACAUGACGUCUGCUGGGAUUGCAGGGUUCACGGCUAUAACAGCAACCAACCCAAUUUGGUUAAUUAAGACACGUCUACAAUUGGACGCCAGGAAACGCGGGGAGCGUCGCAUGAAUGCGUUUGAGUGUGUGCGGCACGUGUAUCAGACGGAUGGUCUACGUGGGUUUUACCGCGGCAUGUCUGCUUCUUAUGCGGGCAUCUCAGAGACUGUGAUUCACUUUGUGAUCUAUGAAAGCAUAAAACGACGUCUUUUAGAGGCCAAAGCAGCAACGCACAUGGAUGGGGCCGAGGACACAGCCAAGGACGCGUCGGACUUUGUGGGCAUGAUGCUGGCAGCCGCCACUUCCAAGACCUGCGCCACAUCUAUAGCCUAUCCACACGAGGUUAUCCGCACACGGCUAAGGGAAGAAGGUACCAAGUACCGCUCGUUCUUCCAGAGUCUCAGCCUGGUGAUUAGAGAGGAAAGCUAUCGAGCUCUUUACCGAGGACUCACCACACAUCUGGUCAGACAGAUCCCCAAUACAGCCAUCAUGAUGUGCACCUACGAGUUCGUCGUCUACCUGCUUGAUGACUAAACUUUGACCUGAGGUGCCUCAGUAUUCAUGGACGAAGAGUUCUGUGGUUUCAUUCACAAUUUGGGAGUGUCUUCUGAGAGGAAGGUGUUAGGAGAAAAAGGAAAAUGACUAAAAAGGUUGUGUCUAGAAAGCAAUGUUCUCGUUUCUUGGUUUUCCUUAACUUUCUGUCUUUUAAUGUUGCUUAAAAUGAUGCUGCUUCUAAUGGCGCUUUUCCACUGCGUGGUACGGCACGGCUCGGUUCGGCUCGGUUUGCGUUUCCACUGC